GUCAUAUCUCUUAUAUUAUUCGAGGAAGUGAAUGUGCCUGGUGAUCAGUAGUAACCUCCUUUCACUUUAAACAUGUUGUGUUCUUAUCGGUGAUUGAAGAGAAAGUGAUAACAUUUCAUUAUGGAUCUUGAAAAGGACUUUUUAUACGAGUGGAAUGAAAAGUUCCCGGAUUACGAAGCGCCCAAACUGCAGUGCCUCGUGAGUCAACAUGAUGGCGCGAGUAGAAAACGGGUUGGGAUAGACAGUGCUAAACAGAAACUUGACAUCAAAGUCGAACUACAGAAUAGAAAAGAACGGUUACUCGAGUUGCAACUGGAGCUUUCAAAGGAGACUUUUCUUGUGGAGUAUCUAGAGCGCUCACUUGAGAAGGUCAGUAAGAACGAUCUUGUAACAAGGCCCUCAGUCAUGAAUAAGUUCGGUGAGCAUAGUGAGUCAGACUUUGGUUCGACACGCAGGCCAAUUGCUGAGGUGAAGGGGAGAAUUAGACGCUAUCAUCAGUACGAGGAAAUCCAUCUUCCAGAUGAAGAGGAUAAACCUAAGGAAGACAUGAAAACCAGUGAUAACAACAUGGAUACUGGGUUGCCUGGUGCAAGAAAUUACAGUGACUCCAGCAAGUCGAUUUCUUCGGUCACAUCAGAUUCAGCAGACAGUAGUAUGGGAUUCUCCCCACAUGGAGAUGAAACUCAAGAAGAUUUUAUAAAGCGCGUGAAAUCUAAAAAGAAGCCCCCUGUGCCACUACCACGGAAAAGUCUUAGUUUCAAAGACUGGCGGUACCCAGGCGAGUUUGAGAUCAGACCAGAUGAUAGCGAAUUUGAUACCUCGGAUGAACAUAAUUUGUUUGACCCAGAUAGUCACAGGCAUGUAAGAGGAAACAGAAGUCCCCUGUCACCAGAUUUAAGGUGUGAUACAGACCAAAACAAGCCAUUACCCUAUACGUCACAGUCAAUAGACAAUACAGGAUCCCGGACAGGUAGAUUUGACUAUAAAGCUGGGGCUUCACCUGUAAACAAGGAUAAUAGCAUUGAUGUUAUUAAACACUUGACCUUAGGUGCAGUGGAGGCUGAUAUUAACAUCACAAAAGAGGGAGGAACCCUUGAUUUGAAGACCCAUUUUACAGAGAAGAAAUACCAACAUCGACGAGAGAGGACGGAGAGUGAACUAAGUGAACAAAAUAACUAUAUCCCAGAUUUGCCUGGUAGAGGGACUAAGUUUGGAAUGAAAGAAGAAAAGACACAAUUCAGGACUCCAUAUGAAAACACAGACAUAGAUUCGAUGGCAACUAGAACAAGAACACUGUCUGAUGAAGGAAUCUACAGUGAAGCAGUGCCAGUAAAUGAAGAUGGGAUAUCAGAAGAUGAAGAGGAGGAACCUUACUAUCUUAACAUCACCGAGCUGCGCCAAGCCCUGCUGCGUCGGGAGAGUACAGGUUCAUCAGAUGAGACGAGCAGUAGUAUAGCAAGUGGGGAUCACCUCCUCCAUACAGAAGAUGUCUCAGAUGGAGGGAGCAGCAGAGGGAUGUCACCAACUCCAGAACAUGCCGCUGGUCAGGCAAGAAACUCAGGACUGGACUCAGAUGAUGCCUGUCUGUCAGUGGACUCUGAUAACUCUCCUUAUGAGGUGGGCAAAAGAAGAACGGGUCACCAUGUGUUAACCCACAUAGCAUACGGCAAUAGGAAGCCGUUGAAACCGUCAGGUUUUAAUCAUCCGCUGCCAUCUACAGCAUCACCUGCAGUACCUGACAAAUCCCCUGUGCGACGCUCUAUCUCUGAUACUUUGCCGCAGUCUCCCAAUGAAUCAUUUGCCAAAACCAACCGUCCACGGGCGUCUGUGUUUGAGAUAAAUUCUCCAGCAGACCAUGAGAAACAGAGGAUCAGAAAAUGGGUAGUGACGGGGAUAUUGGACAGUGAGACAGAGUAUGUGGAAUGUCUGGAAGUUCUGGUGCAGUAUAUGAAGAGCUUGACAAUGGCUGCAAAAUCAUCCCAACCAGUUAUUUCUCUAGAAGACAUCAAUGCCAUUUUUCAAAACCUACCUGAAAUACUUAAAACACAUCAGGAUUUUGUGAACCAACUGAAACCUGUGGUUGAAACAUGGACACCAGACUCAUGUGUUGGGGAUAUUUUUAAGGAGGCGGCCACUUAUCUCCCCAUCACUGGACAUUAUGUCCAGAACUACCAGAAAGCUGUCUCCACUCUGAACAGGUGCUGCCAGGAAAAUGUGCAGUUUGGAGAACUGGCUAAGCUAAUUAAAACUAAACAACAGAAAGAAAAAGUAUCCCUUGGAGACUUGCUAUUCAAACCAGUGAAUAGACUCCAGAGAAACACACUGGUGCUACAUGACCUAAUCCACUGUACGCCGCCUUCCCAUCCUGAUUUGAUGAUCCUACAGAAAGCUUUGAAGCUUACACAAUAUUUCUUGGAAAAUGAGGACCCCAUGGAGAAUGAAAAAGAUAAGAUGGAGAACCAAAGAUUCCUGGUGAAAAAUGGGCUUGUUGUGGAAAAAGUUCACAAUGACAGAAAAAUGAGACAUCUAAUGCUGUUUAAUGAUGUUCUUGUGUGUGCCAAACAGAAGCUCGGAGCCAGGAGUCGUUAUCACUUUGAACCAAAGUGGUUUAUCCCUCUAUCUGAGCUCAAACUAGCAAUGAAGAUGGAUGAAGCUGAAAAGCAAUCACAUGACAACAAAUCUGUGGAAAUGAUGAAAGACAAAGUGAAAGGCCUGAAGAAAGAUCUCAGGAAGGAAAUUAAAAGGGGUUCUUUAGAGAAAGAUGCACAAAGAAGUUGGUCUUUCAGAGGAAAUAUAAGACAAGUCGAGAAACUCAAGAAAAAGCUUGCCGAGCAGGAAGCUGCCUUGGUCCUUGCGGCACCCACAUUACCAUUGUGUCUCCAGCACAAGAAAAAGACCUACACAUUCCUAAUGUCUUCUGAUUAUGAGAGAGAUGAGUGGAAGGAAGCCAUUCUGUGCCAUAAAGCCAAAGCAGGUAUUGUGACAUUAGACCUUAGUGAAAACAACAUACAGGCUUUGUUAGAAUCAACAAGACAGCUUCCCAAGUUGAAUAAUGCAAGUCAGGCUAUGUUGCAAGAAGAUAUGGAAGAUGAAGUCAUAAGUGGAAGCCUGACAGUAACAAUUCACAGGCUUCAGGGACUACAUGGGCUAAGUGACACAUUCUGUUCAAUGGAGGUCGAUACUUUUGGCCACUUUUAUCCCAUCGCUAAAACUAACACUUGCAACAGCUCCAUGGAGCCUGAGUGGAAUCAGACAUUUGAGAUAGAUUUGGAGGGCUCUCACACGUUGCGAAUCAUGUGCUACAGACAGGUAGAUCAAGAGGAUGAGCUACUGGGCAAGAGUGCAUUGGAACUAAGCAAGGACUGGUUGAUAAGAGGAGACUUUAAAGAGAAGACAAUCUCCAUAAACUCAACCAAUGAACUGUCUUUAACUGUCUCUAUUCGCUACACUUCGCCACAACACACCAUCAAGAGAAGGGUGUCCAGAAUCAAAACAGGGCUGUUUGGAGUAAGAAUUAGUGAUACCUGCAAAAGGGAAAAGAGGCCUUUACCACUAAUAGUAGAAGCAUGCUGUAGAGAAAUAGAGAGAAGAGGUCUUGAUGAGAUGGGAAUUUACCGAGUAUCUGCCUCAACUGCCGAUGUCCAGACACUUAAAAAGGCGUUUGAAAGAAAUAGCAAAGCUGGCAGUCAGUUGGUCAGUGAACUUGACAUCCACGCAGUAUCAGGUGUGCUCAAAUUAUACUUCCGUGAGCUGCCUGAAGCUGUGUUCACUGAUCGCCUUUAUCCAAGUUUUGUUGAGGGACUGGAUUUAACUGACCCAGAUGGAAAGCAGAAGUGUAUGUUGGGACUACUGGCUUCACUGCCAGAGUCUAACCUCAAUACUAUCCUCUUCCUCGUUAAACACCUGAUUACUGUGAGCAAGAAAGAUGAAGUGAACAAGAUGACAAUUCAUAACCUAGCCACUGUGUUUGGUCCAACAUUGUUACGACCAGCUGUGAGGGAUUCUACAAUGUCACCUCUAGAGCUUCUUUCAAUGGAGACCAAAGAUGCCAUGUUGCAGACUGGAAUUUUGUUGUAUUUCCUCAAAUUAGCUCAGAGUGGAGUGGAUCUAUCAGUCAAGCCUUCCUUUGAGACAAGUUUUUAACUGACUUAAUUCAAAACCUUCUUUAUUUUUAAAAUUUUGAUAUUUGGGAAAUUAAACAAUUGGAAUUUUUUGUGAGCUGAGAUUGUCUUUGUUGAUUAACUUUUUUUGCAUUAUUUUUGAAGUAAAUACGGAAAAUCAAGAAAAUAUUUACAGUCUGUAAUCAUUCGAGUAUGAAAUAUGCCAUUAUAUAUUUUGCUAUCACAAUGUUUAACAGUACAGUGAUUCUUUAUCAGAAGUAAGAUAUUCUUUAUUUUAAAUUGAUCAGCUGACGUUUUUCUUUGUGCUAUUAGGCCAUCUUUGCCUGUACUGUCUUCCAGUAAGCAUGCAUUGAUACUUGGCUCUGUUUUAUGGUGCUUUGAUAACAGUUUAAGUAUUAUCAUUAAAAUGACUAAUAUGCAACAUGUACAGCUGCUUCAUAUUAUUUUGUAUAUAUUUAAUAUGUGAUAUAUGUAUAUAUAUGUUAUAUUUAUGAAAGCAGGAAGUAUGCUGUACAGUGGCUGACCAGGCUGUAUAACUGUAGCAGAACAGUUUGUUUUCCUGAUAAUUUAGAGAAAACUGUUUUCAGUGGCAUGUUUUAUAUAUUUUGUACCCUCUAGAUUCAGUGACAUCCUGAAUACAACUGAAAAAAAA